AUGUCGGGCUACAGCGGGGUGCCGUUGGGCAACGACCCGCGCUUCGGCGACAAGAUGAAGCGCUUGAAGAAGUCGAUGAAAUUCCCGUCCGAGUUGUCGCAGAAAGUGGACGUGCGAAGGGUCCGCAUGGAGGUGAUCCGGGAGUGGGUUGAGCGCCGCAUCACGGAGCUGCUGGGUGGGCUGGAGGACGACUUCCUGAUCGAGUACAUCCAGAGCUUCCUCGAGAAGCCGGACCUGGAGGGCAACAUUGACGGGAAGGACAUGCAGAUCAGUCUGACGGGCUUCCUGGAGAAGAACACGUCGCUCUUCAUGCGCGAGCUCUGGGGCCACCUCCUGUCGGCCAUGCAGUCCCCCGCGGGCAUACCGCAGAGCCUCCUGGACAGCGAGCAGCAGAAGCUGGCGCAGGUCAAGGCGCAGCGGGAGGCCGCGUUCCAGCACAUGCAGCAGCAGCAGGCGCUCGCGCAGACCCGCGGCGCCCUGCCGUACGGCCUGACGCCGGGGCGGGGCCCGUCCAAGUCGAAGCCCUCGCGGUGGGCGCCGGCCGAGGGCGAUGAGGCGCAGCCACCCCCCAUCGAGGCGGCGGGGGCGGUCGCUGCGCGGGCGGGCGAGGCGGGCGCUGGUCGCGAGGUCGGCGGGGGCGGCGGGGACGGAGGCCGGCGGCGGCGGUCUCGCUCGCGGUCGCGGGAGCGGCGCAGUCCGGGGCGGCGGGACCGGGAGGGACACCGGGAGCGGGGGCGCGACCGGGAGCGGCACAGGGACCGGGACCGGGAGGGGGACAGGCGCAGGGAGAGGCGGGACCGGGAGCGGGGGGGCGAGGGCGAGGGGUCGCGGCGUGACGGGGGCCGGCACAGGUCGCACAGGGACCGCCGGGACAGGGAGGGGUCGCGCGAGCGGGAGCGCAGGCACCGGCACCGCGACGACCGUCACGAUCGCCGGAGGCGGGAGCGGCGUCGCAGCAAGGAGAGGGACUCGGGUGGGGCGGGGAGCCCAGCGCGCGACGACGGCGGGGAGGCUGCUCGUGCGCGGGCGUCGCGCAGCAGGUCGCGGUCGCCACCGCGUCGUGCUUCUGGCGGCGAAGCGAAGGAGGGCGGGGACGCAGUUGCGCGGCAGGGGAGUGGCGAGUAG